UUUAUCCGAGAUACGAAGCGAGGGAAACGUAUUGUAUAUGCGCGAUACAUACAUAUGUGCUGCAUGGCAACGCGUAUUAUUAUGCGGUUUAAGAAAUGCGAACAUCCGUUACGUCUUUUAUUGUAUAAUAUAUAAUGUAUAUAAUAUAUGGGGUGAGGAAAAAUACGAGCGUUCACCCGUAACGUCACAUCCCAUCAAUCGCAGAAUAAUAUGAUAUAUCGAGCUCGCGAGAAGAAACCGGUCGUUCCGAAGAGCGGGUUGAUGGAUAAAAAAUUGAAAAUGAAAGGUAUAAAGAAUCGGUCGAGGAUCCCCCUCGUCGUCUGGAGAAAGAAAUGAAAUAAAAGAGAAAGAAGCGAAAGACAGAAAGAAAGAAAGAAAGAAAAAGAAUUCCAACAGGAGAAAAGUCAAUCGGGAGAAUAAAUGCCGCGGGGGGUGCGGUAUAAUUUGAAUAUUCAUGUAUUUAUCGUAUAUAUACAAGAAAAACCGGUGGAAUAAAAACUAAAAAUAAGAAAGAAGAAUAUAAAUAAGAACACAAUAUCACAACUGAAAAUAAUUAUCUCUACCGGUAAAGAUCUCGGCACGAUCCGGGAACCGUAAAGAUUUUAAAAACUUUAUCCGGUUAUACGAGAUAAGGAAGCCGCGAACUGAAACGAUCGAAAUCUCUCCGCAGAAAAGUUUCUUCGACGGUCUCGUUCCCCGAAGGAGGGGGUGAGUCCGGAGUAUGGAAUUACACGAUUGUAAGCUGCACGAGUGCAAGGUGUAAUUUCAACUCGAAUGACGAAUGAGAUGAAAAAAUGUAUUUUUUAACGAAACCCAAGACGCUCGACGUCAAAUAGAUAUUUCCGGGUCGAGUGCAGUGACUUUUUUUCUUUUUCAUUUCGACGAAGUUUGUUCCGUUUUCGGUAACUUCGGGAUUCACCCGCGAACGAGUUGAAUUACGCUGCACACGGGCGGUCGGUCGGCCCUUUAGGGACGAGAAAUGAGAAAAAAAAAGGGAAGAAGUUAUCCACGUACCACAUCUGCUUCGAGCGGUCCGUCCAAUUCUCGCGUUCGUUAGCUAGGUCUUUCUAAAACCGAGCGAACCGAAUCUAUGAUCAAACAACUUUGAGCCGCUAGAAACACGCGAGAUGCCAAUUAUUAUUACAACCUACUUAUUGCCAUGGACUUGAGCCUGCACCCUCAGGUUAUCCCGUCAGGAUUACUUUGGGAAUAUUCUUUUCCGGUACACCGUAUACAAUAAUGAUCGGCGCUGCACCCGGCCCCCAACCGUAGGGAGUGAAGCGCGUAAAUCAGCCGUUUCUCUGGGCGCGUCCAGGAUCAGGAUCAGAAUCAGGAUCAGGAUCAGGAUGAGGCUCGUGUGAUCCUCGCUCGUCAUUUGGGAAGCAUAAGAUCUUGAUUAUGUAGCUGACCGAGGAUUGGAGACAUUUGAUGGUCUGAUCAUACCCCGAUGAGCUCGGUGAAACGUUACUCGGAAGGCUGAUAAAUAUCGCGGCUAGGAUGACUCAGGUGGCAAACAAUAUUCCGGCUACGUAGCGAGAGUGAGUUUUGGAGGCCAAUAUCAACGGGGGACAGAGGAGGAUGCCGUCCGUAUCGGUGUACCUCGCGUUUCUCGCCCUUGUUAUCGGGGCGAGUUCCGCCCAACCUUAUUUAGCCAGAGAGAUAUUGUCGCAUCCGCGUUGCCACGUACACAACGCGGUAACGCGAUGCUACAACGUCGAGAUACCGGACUUGGAAAAUUAUCUGAUGGCGAUAGAAGACGAGAGUCACACGCUCGAGAUAACUCAUUCGAAUCUGACGACGCUCAGCAGAGAACCGUUUCACGCUAAAACCGAUUGGGAGGUGAUAUACAUGGCGCGUAACGGUAUAGCCGAAAUAGAGUUCGACGCGUUUUUAAAUUUGAACAAAGUAAUAACGAUAAAUCUGGAGAGGAAUUUAUUGAAGUCGUUAAACCCAAGGACAUUUUCAUACUGUUAUUUACUUCUUAAGUUAGUGCUAAGCUACAACCCCCUCGUACUGAGCGAGGAGGAAUCUUUCCUCGAAGCUAAUCAGCUCGAAUACCUCGACAUCUCGUUCACGAAUAUCACCGAACUUCCUCUGAAUACUUUUAAGCUUUUACUGAAACUCAAGUAUCUGAACAUCUCUCACAACCUCCUCGAAGUACUGGACAGCGAGGUGUUCGCACCUCUGUUGCAACUGGAGGAACUCGACAUCACCGACAAUAACUUCAAGGUCAUUGACUACAAGGUCUUCUCCAUGUACAGCCUAACGCAGUUGAACAACGAAUGGAACUGCGACUGCGACUUGAAAAUAGUCUUCUACAAAAUAUUUGAAAACGUCACGUUGGCACCGGACGCCGUGAGAUGUUCCGAGAACAUCACGUGGCCGGAAAUGAAGAGUCUCGAAUGCAACAACUACGUACCGAACAAAACGUUGUACAACAAUCUCGAGGAAUACUGGGCAGCGACCGGCGUCGGAAAACAAAUUUCAACCCUCGAGGAAUCCGUCAUACCGCCCGAUAUCCUUCUGGUUAUACUGUCGUCGGUCAUAGUGAUCCUCAUCCUGAUACUAGUCCUGGUUCUCAUCUGUUGGUUCAGAACCAGGAACAAGGUGAAAAUAAAUCACCCGGAAGAGCACAGCUUGGACACGAGCUGGCAAUACGGUACCGUGUCGAUGCACAGGGCAGGAUAUGACACGGCGAAGGGAGGCGUCGGGACGCUCACCGUGUCCGCACCUAUUCUUCAAAAUUCAACGCUCGAGGGCAUACCGAUGACGAGUAUAAGACCCACGGCCCCCCGAAUGUCGGAUGUUUAUCAAAGGAUAGAUCCUACGGAACCAGAUGUCAGUUACUCGGAUCAGGAGGCCGACGACGUUGCCUUGUACGAGAGGAUGCAUUGAAUGAUAGCGUGUUCGGAAAUAAGGAGGAUAAGUCCGUACAUCGGCGAUAUUGUGAUAUAUAUAAAAUGAAAUAAUAACGAACAUUCGAUGCGUGUCAAGUGUGGAAUGAUAUAUCUUGUCUUAAAUUAAAGUAUAGGCAUAUAAAAAUGGGGGUACGAUGUGUAUACCGACGUGGUGUCCUUGCCAAUUUAACUCAGCUGUAAUAUAUUAUGUAUAUCUAAUGUCAAAUCUUAUUGUGCAAGACUAAAGUAAUAUUUUUUUUUCUGCCAGUCCGCGCCCGUUGUGUUUUUGGAGCGAAAGAGGGAAAUUAUUUAUCUGAACUUUACACGGACUUGCGGCUAGCGGUUCGGACCGCCAACGUCAGCCAUUGGACUUUGAUGUUAGGCUUAACAAACUAUACAUAUUUAUUAUCAACACUAAUUAUCCUUAUCAACUUGACUUCCUCGCAUUCGCUGUACUUCACUUUUGUUAUUAUGUUGAUUUUCAGUAUCGCGGUAAAGUUGAAAGCACAUAGCGCGCGGCUCUCGUGAACAUGUCACGCAUCUUGGUAGAGAACACAUCUGUUGCCUCCGGCGUACAGAUUACACUUUCCAACGACGUUACUCUCUUUCCGCAAGGUGCAUAAAAAAUUAUCGCUUUUGUAUUUAAUAUUUUCAUUUGAUAAUUUUCAAUUUUACUCAUUCCGCGAAUUCGUCACCUUCGAGAAAUGAUCGGAUGAUUCGUCGGUUGAUCGUUGCUGAUAAGGACGUUUUAUUAUUUGGAGAAAAAGUGAGAUGAGAACGAAAAUCGCGUUCGCGCGACGAACCAAUUCCAAUUUAGUUAGUACGUAACUGACUUUAAAAACCUAUCCAGCCGGGCGAUCCUCUCGGUAAUGAUCUCGAAUGAGGAGAUCCACCUACUUUGUCUCGGUGUCAUUAUUCUUACGAUAAUUAUCAGAGCGCCAAGAUUCACGGGGUUAAUCAAUUCCUCUUCUCGUCUCUCUCUCCUCCCUUCUCUUCCCUCGCCGUCCACUGCGCCCCUCGUCGCUGCAGCCUUUCAUUGGUAAUAAUCAUUCCGUACAUACGUUUAUACGGACGACGUUGGAAUUUCUACGGAGGAUAAAUUAUCGGUUAAUAGUCUGAACGUUCAAAGUUACGCGGUCGUUUGGGUUGAGGAUAUAAAAUAUAGAGGAAGGCGUUGUUUUAAAUCACCGAGAAAUUCAACCAUCGCCAUGCUUGUACCUCGAUCAAGAGAAAUAGUUGAAAGUGAUUGAUUCUUGUUCAAUUAAUGGAUGGAGAAAUAAAAUAACGAGCACAUCUCGAUUAUUAUCAAUUUCGUACGAGUCAUUUAUUUUUAUUAUUUUUUUUUUUUUUUUUUUCGUUUCGUUAUUCGAUCGUAAUAACUGCUGUUGUUGAUAAUUUUUCCAAAAUCAUGUUAGAAUUCUCGUGACCCUGUGCUACGCGGCUAUAUAUCUAUGUGUAAAAUAAAACAAUUAUUGUUAUUGAGGUGAGAAUAAAGUCAAUUUGCGCGAAUAAAAUUUUUAACGAUAAAAUAAUUGGUGAAUUUGAAUAUUAUAAUAACCGAGGUGAGGAAAUUUCUGCAAAAUUUUAUCAACGAUAAAAUGCACAAAAAGAAAUUUUUCAUAGGGAGACUGAUCAGAUGCCUGACGCAUAACGAGGAAAAAGUAAAUAAAUAAAAUAAAGAAUUUUUCUGGCGUAGGUUUAACGCGAGUUCUACACGUAACGAAUAUUAUAUUAUAGAUACAUGUAUGAUAAUCAGAUGUGCAUAAGUAUACAUAGGAGAGAAAAGGUAAUCUAAAAAUUUAGAAUUGUUAUUUCAAAGAUUAUCCGUUGUCAGUAAAACGAUAAAUAGUUUCGAAAAAAAAAAAAAAAAACGAAGAAUUAAUGAAACAUAAAUUUGAGAAUGGUAAAUUGAAAAUCAAAUCAAAAAAAAAAAAAAAAUGAAAAAACUGAUUAAUAUCGAUCGUAAAAGUAGGAAAAAUUUCUCCGCUGUGUGCCUACAUAUCGCAAUCCCGUGGAGUUAUUGAUUUAAAUAUUAUAUAGACAUAGAUAUACUUCAUGCCUAAUUGUCAAUUAUUAAUAAUCGAUAAAAAUUAAAUAUCGAACAAGCUGCAAAGUGAAUGUUAUUAAAUUUUUUUAUUUCCAUCUUUAUUUCUAUUCAAACUUUUUGCAUCUCAGAUCAAAAACAUUUUCUAGAAUGUCGAUAUUUCGUUCCAAACUUUUACAAACAGCUAAUGUACCGAAGUAACACCACGGAAUUAAUGUAAAUAAUCAUUAAAUUAAUAUAAUUAACAAAAUACACAGAUGACAAUGUAUGUACUAGUUCCUAAAUGCGUACGUAUAAAUCUAACGAAAAAUAAAAUAAUGAAAAAUGAACCCUCAUAUUUGGAUAUGAUUGUAACUCAGAUUAUAAGAUACACCCGACUCACUGGAAUCAUAAGUCGAGAGGGAAAAUUUUUUUUUUUUUUUGCCAAUUUUGAUUGUGAACUCAAUCAUUAUUUGUUUCUCUUUUCCAAUCUGAAAGAAUUCUAAUCGGAUGUUCAAAAUACACAUCGAUUUCUUCGAUUUUUAGAGGAUGCUUUCAGUCUUAGUUAUAUCAUCUCUAAAUAAUUGAUUUUCUCUCUUUUUUUUUCUUCGUUUUUUCAUUUCUUUUUUGAGAUUAUAAUAAAACUGACCUUGUAAGAUAAAACUGAGCUACAUAGAAUAACAUCUUACACUAUGCCCACGCGUAUCACACUGAAUAACUUACCGAACAAACGGUUAAAAACUUUAUUCACAAUGCGUAGGUGUAUGCAGAUAUAUUCUUAGUUUCUUUUUUGAUUUCUGUACUUUUCUUUAUUUUACUUUUGUUUGUUAUUUAUUGUAGCCUUCUUUCAAGGUCUUAUUUUCUCGGAUCAAACAGUAAUUGAAAGUAUAAAGUCCUCUUUUUCCAUCCGCAGUUUGAACAAUGAGAAAUAAUAAAAUAUAAGUUGCCUGAACGUCUAUUAAUGUCUAUAGAAAAAAUUACAUAAAAAUCACGAAUAAACCUUAGAAUUAAAAACGUUAUUCGUAAAAUAAAUUUAAAAAUCUAUGCAAGAAAAUUAUUAAGAAGAAAAAAACGACACACGUUGCAUAACUCGUAUACCAAAAAAACUACUACACGGCACCGAUGGAAAUGGUUUUUUAUUUCUUUUCUUUUCAUGUUUGAAAAUUCCUCGGAUAUGAUAUAAAAUCGAGAAAAUAUUGCUAUAUUAGAUAUAAAUAAUAACGAAUACGAAUGUAGAUUAUGAGAUUACGAGGAUAGAAAUAACUUAUCAACAUUAUAAAUAUAUGUAACUGCAUUAAGAAAAAGUAAAAAAAAAAAAAAGCGAAAAAAAGCAAACAACCGUAACUUAAUCGUAUACAAAUAAUAAUAUAUGUAAAUAAGUUGAUUAAUAUUCAUGUGUGUAAAUACGGAUAAUAUUGAUAUAUAUAGUUGCCCUGAGUCUUCAAUCAUGUUACUAUACAUAUAAACUAUAUGAUAUUUAAAUGAAAAAAUAUAAAAGAAAAGGAAAAAGUAAAAUAAAUAAAUGCAAAAAGAAAGUGAGUUAUAUCGCUACGACGACUGUAAUAUAUUGUACAUAUAUGCAUUUUAAGCAUGACCUAAUAAAUAUAUAUAUAUAUAUAUAUGUAUUUUAUAAAA